AUGCACCCAGGUGCCUGGCCAGGCGAACUGGUUGGAGCAGACACGGCCCUGGCCGCACCCGCUCCUUCUGCCAGACUGACUGUCGCCCCCCCCCUUCUCCCCGUGUCUCCAUUUCGGACAUUUUCUCCCACUCUCAGACACCCUCUCUCAGACACCCCCUCUAGACACCCCCUCUCAGACAUCCCCUUCCGUUCCGCCAUCCCAAACCCUCUUGCAGCAUGUGUCCUCCUAGCUAACCCACCCAAAGUUACUACCUCCCCCCCCCC